CCGAAUUGUUUAUCACACGUACAAUGUACAACUCGGAGACAUCGACACUCGUUACAUCUGGUGGGACCCCAACUCCUCUCCGCCUGGAAAUGACAUACAACCCUCAGAGGUGGGAGCUAGGACCACAUCCUGCUGUUCAUGAUCUUUGCACGGAAGACUCGUUGCCGGGAGAGCGUCAGGGUUACACAUGUUCCUCAGCAUUCUUUGUGCCUAUAGUCUUCCCCACUCGCCUCAAAUAAUCGUCUUGUAUACCACGCAUUAUACGCCAUGCGUUCGCCCGUUAUUCUGGUCCGUGAAUUUGGUCAUGGCGCUCAUGCGUUCGUCUAUCGUAAUGUAGUGGCUACAAGCCCCAUAUGAGGUUCAUUCGAUUGCCGAGUUUGACCACGCCUCCGCUCUAUAUCAACGGCCACGGAUUGACCCAGAGUCCAAUCCAUCGUCUUGAUAAUGUGUUGAUUGCGUCCGCCAUGGCUGGCUACCAGGCCUAUCUGUGGCGUCGC